UUGGGAUUACUUUCAGGCAAGACUGCUACAACCCUCGUUUGAUGUUCCCCUCACGGAUUGUCGAAAAUGAUGGAAACCGACGCGAAGUAGCCUGUAACCGGGGGUAAAGGCUUCUUGAGUGUUCGAGUUUUGGGACUCAACGAAACAUGGAGUAUCUUUCUAUAUUUCUAUCUCUAUGGUUGGUUACUUUGGUGAGUGGGAAACAUCCCAUGUGUCAACUCAUAUCUGAAGUGCAGCGGGCUGGGAAGGAGUGCCUUGGAAAAUUAGAGAGCGAACUACCUACUCAUUCUCAAGGUUGCAGGGGCCUGUGGGACAAUAUCUCGUGCUGGCACCAUGCGCAGGUGGGUGACGUGGUGACCAUCAGCUGCCCACUGUAUCUGCAGAAUCUCUUCGGCACAAAAGGAAACAUCAGCAGGAACUGCUCUUCUGAUGGCUGGUCGGACAUGUACCCAGACAUCAAGACUGUUUGCUGGGACAUACCAACACCCAGUAAGCUGGUGUUUUAUGUGGUGGUCAGGACUCUCUACACCUUGGGCCACAGCCUCUCCCUCAUCGCCCUCAUCACUGGUAGUGCCAUCCUCUGCCUCUUCAGAAAGCUUCACUGCACAAGGAACUACAUCCACCUGAACCUCUUCUUCUCCUUCAUCCUGAGGGCCAUAGCGGUGCUGACCAAGGACUCCAUUCUGUUCUCACACGAGGACGACUGCACGGAGCAAACAUCUUUUGUUGGCUGCAAAGUGAGCCUGGUGUUUUUCCACUACUUCAUCAUGGCCAACUUCUUCUGGCUGCUGGUGGAAGGCCUCUAUCUUCACACGCUGCUCAUGGUCAUCUUCUCAGAGAACAGGCACUUCAUCGUCUACCUUCUAGUUGGAUGGGGAGUUCCAACAGUCUUUGUAAUAGCAUGGAUCAUCACCAGGGUGUACAUAGAGGACACUGGGUGUUGGGAGAGAAAUGACAAUGUCAUCCCAUGGAGAGUGAUCAACUGGCCUGUAAUGGCCUCUAUCAUAAUCAAUUUCAUUCUCUUCAUCAGUAUCAUACGGAUCCUCAUUGAGAAGUUGAGAUGUCCAGAUGUGGCAGGACCUGACCAGUCUCAGUACAAGAGACUGGCAAAAUCGACACUUCUGUUGAUUCCAUUAUUUGGAGUAAAUUACGUUGUGUUUGUUUACAUCAUGGAGAAGGCGAGUGAUGCCCUAGAGAAGUACAAGAUCUUUUUUGACUUGGGCAUCGGUUCAUUUCAGGGUCUCGUUGUUGCUAUCCUGUAUUGCUUUUUGAACAGUGAGGUUCAGGGUGAACUGAAAAGGAAGUGGCGAAGUGUGUGUCUGAAGCGCUACGUGGGCCACCGGCAGCACAGUUCGUCUGUAUCCCGAAACGGCCUUGAGAACACAGCGAUGUUCCGCCGCAACACUCGCGCUCAGUCCUUUCUGCAGACGGAGACCACCAUGGUGUGACUUCCUGUACUAAUCCUUUCCCCAAACUCGCAUCCUGUCCUCCGUCCCCCGACCUUGCACCUUGUCGUCCACUUGGGUAUUAUCAACUUCAAAUUGGGCAUUCAUUUAACAUUCAAAAACGUGAUAUAGCCUAAUAUCUGAAAAUUUGAAACAUAAUCAAAUGUCCUUAUGUGCCAAAAGGGCUUCUUUUUUGAAUCAUGUUUGUAUUUUGGAUCUGAAAUUAAUGCCCAGUAUAGAAUUGACUCAAUUGACUACCCAAGUCUCAAACACAGGCAAAGAGGCUCAAGGAAGCGACACGUUUGGAGAAUUGACAUGGUGCACUUCUGAACCACAGAGCUUUGUCCUCUGCAGACCUGGACAUGAUGGCUUGACUCAUGGAGAUCAAUCAUGACCUGGCAUACCACACCAUGGACAGUUGUGCUGUGGUGGUCACAGAGAGUCCUCUCUGAAAACCAGAGACUGCUGCGUGAAUUCUCUCUUCUUCUUAAGUCUCAUUGUUUUUGUUUUUUUCUUCAUAUUUUGGACUGUGGUCUAAUUAUUUUAUUGUGGGCCAAUGUAAGAUAUUUACUAUACAACCACUGUGUCACUAUGAUAUUAUGACUGAAGCUUGAAGCAUUGUUUAUCGUUUUCAUUUUUCAUCUUUUUCAUAUUUUCAAAACCGAAGGAAAUUAAAUUGUGUUAUUUAUCGUU